AUGUCCGAACUGCAAACCUUAACGCCCAAACCAUCACAAAGCGGAUGGCGAGAUUUUGUAGCUGGCAGUUUUGCUGGAAUGGCACAAGUGGCGACUGGGCAACCUUUAGAUACCGUAAAAGUAAGAGUCCAAAUAGAUCCACAUCGAUAUAAAGGUCCGUUCGACUGCAUUGUCAGAACUGUUCGAGAAGAGUCGAUUUUCGCCUUAUAUAAAGGUAUGGCGAGUCCAUUAAUUGGAAUAGGAGCGGUGAAUGCUUUACUGUUUGCCGCAUACUCAAAGUUUAAACAGAUUCAGAGUCCCUUCAAUGGCGAACUGGAGAUCUGGCAGAUUGCACUUGCUGGCGCAGGGGCGGAUCUACUUACACUUUUCCCCGAUCUGUCUUUAGGAGCAGUCAAUUCAGUCUUGGCCUCACCGGUUGAACUUUUAAAAGUGCGUCUUCAAGCGCAAUAUACUCCUCGGUCCUCUUCAAUUCCUUCACCUACACUGAAACAAUACAAAGGUCCGGUCGAACUCGCAUCGCACUUGGUCUCAACCCAUGGUAUUCGUCAUGGUCUAUUCCGUGGAUUUUGGGCAACUUUUUUGCGAGAAAUUCCGGCGUAUGCCGGAUUUUAUGCCGGAUUUGAGUACACAAAAAGGAAGUUUGGAGGAAGGCAUGGGGUCGAAUUGGGAGUCGGACAGUUAAUGACUGCUGGAGCCGUUGGUGGUGUGUGUUAUUGGUUGAGUUGUUAUCCAUUGGACGUCGUUAAGAGUAUGGUACAGGGUAGCGAAAAACCUCAAGAGAGGUUUUAUGUUUUCAAGACAAUAAGAACAAUUUAUCGACAAGAUGGUCUACGUGGCUUUAUGAGAGGAAUGUCACCUACGAUCCUGAGAACUAUCCCUGCUGCAGGAGCUACGUUUACUGUUUAUGAAUUUUCGAUGAGAGCUUUGAAUAAAAUGUGA